AUGUCAAGGCCAACUGGCUACCGGCAGCCUCCAGACCAAGACGACUUCCACGAAGAUGACCGCGCCUCCGACAUCGACAUCGAUCUUGACGAAUUAGAUCCUCACACUUCCUCAGCCACACGCCCAUCGUCAUUCGCGUCGCGCCUCAGUCAAGAUUUUGGAAAUCGGAUACCACUACGCAACCUACGUUUCGGGGGAAGGAGACGACCGCCGCACGCUCACGAUGCAGACCUCGAGGCGUUGGCGGACGAGGGGAACUUGUUCACUGCUAGACAACCCGUCGUAAGCUCAGGCUUUGGCGGCGAAGAUGACGCUCCCCUCCUCACCAACGGCUACACAAGGAGAGCCUCCCAUGCCAGCUUCCUUCAAGGCCUCGACACACGGCAACAAAAGUGGCCAUGGAGACUCCUGCCCGCUUUCAUGCGACCUUCCUCUUUCGCCGAAUCCUUCGACCCCCUCGACCCCGAAGACGAGCACGAUCCCUCCUCCCAACGAACCAUUACAGUCGGCCAGAAGCAGCCCAUUCGCUUCCCUCUCAAUGCCGUCUCGCAUGCCAAAUAUACCGCAUACUCCUUCCUCCCCCGCACCCUCUACAACGAGUUCAAGUUAUUCCUGAACAUGUACUUCCUCCUAGUUGCGGUGUCGCAGAUUCUUCCCGCGCUGCGCAUCGGCUAUCUGUCGACUUAUAUCGCUCCCUUGGCUUUUGUCAUCUCCGUCACCCUGGGCAAAGAAGCGUAUGACGACAUGUACCGAAGGAAGAGGGACAAUGAGGCCAAUAGCGAGGCGUACAAAGUCUUACGCUUCGACGAGCCCGGACGUGUCGGUGGACAGCUGUCUGGGGAGAGUCGAAGGAGUAAGACUGCGCACUUGACGGAGAAGAGGAAGGCGAAACGCAAGCGGACGGAACAAGGAGGUGGAGAGCAGGCAGAGCUUGAUGAGGAGCUGGCCAGUUCCAGUGUCAUGACAAUGGUCAAAGCAGCCAAAGACUUGAAAGUAGGUGAUGUGCUCGUUUUGAGCAAGGGGUCACGAAUUCCAGCGGAUGUGGCAAUACUGAAAAGUGUAUCGGCGGAUGCCGCCGUGAAAGAGCAGGAGGAUGGUACAGCAUCUCUGGACGACACGCUCAUCGUGGAAGGUGACUCGGGAGUUGAUCUGGACAAUGAAACCACAACAGAAGAUGCGAGCGGAGGCGGAGAAGCCUUCAUACGGACCGAUCAGCUGGAUGGAGAGACAGAUUGGAAGCUUCGACUGGCAGUGCCGCUUGCUCAGGCACUUCCCGAAUCCGAAUACGUCCGUCUACAAGUCAUCGCAGGCAAGCCAGACAAACGAGUCAACGACUUCGCGGGUACCAUCAAUCUCCUUCCAAAGCGAGGUCAGACCGAUCCAGCCGCACCGGCUACUUCCCGCUCCUCGCCCCUUACCAUCGACCACACAGCGUGGGCCAACACCGUCCUUGCAUCCAACACCACCGUGCACGCAGUCGUCAUAUACACCGGACCGCAGACUCGUGCUGCUCUUUCCACCUCUGAACCACGCUCCAAAAUCGGACUUCUCGAACUCGAAAUCAACUCCCUCACCAAAAUCCUCUGCAUCUUGACCGCCGCCCUCUCCUUCAUCCUCGUCGCGCUCGAAGGCUUCAACGAGAUCAACGACCAUGUAUGGUAUGUCAAUGUCAUGCGAUUCCUCAUUCUGUUCAGCACCAUUGUGCCCAUCUCUCUGCGCGUCAACCUCGACAUGGGCAAGAGUGUGUACGCGUGGUACAUUCACCGUGAUCCGGACAUCCCAGGCACCGUGGUCCGAACCAGCACGAUCCCCGAAGAUCUAGGCCGGAUCGAGUAUCUGCUCACGGAUAAGACGGGCACCCUUACGCGAAACGAAAUGGUGCUGCGCAAGGUGCACGUCGGCACCGUGAGCUACGGCGGCGAGGCGAUGGAAGAAGUCAGUAGCUACAUCAGGCAGACCUUUGCGCUCGCAGACGGUCAAGGCAGCAGUGCCUUCUUCACGCCGUCGAUGGCGUUCAAUCCAACAAGCGGCACGACAAGGACGAGGAGAGAGAUUGGACUUCGCGUGAGAGAUCUGGUGCUGGCGUUAGCAUUGAGUCACAACGUCACACCGACAAUCGAGGAAGACGAAGCAGGCCAACCCGUCACAGCAUAUCAAGCCUCUUCGCCAGAUGAAAUCGCCAUUGUGCAAUGGACGGAGCUGGUGGGUCUGAAACUCGCUCAUCGAGAUCGCAAGAGCAUCAGUUUGCAAUUCACCGGUGACUCUCGCACGGUCGUCAAGGUGGAGAUCUUGAAUCUCUUCCCUUUUACAUCGGACAGCAAGCGCAUGGGGAUCGUCGUGCGAUUCCUGCGACAUGCAGACGCUAGAAACGGCGGGGAUGGCGAGAUCGUGUUCUUUCAAAAAGGCGCCGACACUGUCAUGACGUCUAUCGUGGCGGCGAACGACUGGCUGGACGAGGAGACGGCGAACAUGGCCCGAGAGGGUUUGCGAACGCUAGUCAUUGGACGCAAAACGUUGAGCUCGGAGCAAUACGCUGCAUUUACUGCUGCCUACUCUGAUGCCUCGUUGGAGUUGGUUGGGCGAGAUGCGGCGAUGGCUAGAGUCGUCAAGCAGCAUCUCGAACACAACCUGGAGCUACUCGGCGUGACGGGAGUGGAGGACAAGUUACAGCCGCUCGUCAAGUCGAGUUUGGAGCUGCUCAAGAACGCCGGCAUCAAGAUCUGGAUGCUGACGGGCGACAAGGUGGAAACGGCGAGGUGCAUUGCCGUCAGCUCGAAGCUCGUGAGCCGAGGGCAAUACAUCCACACCAUCGCCGGCUUGAAACGGAAGGAAGCCGCUCUGGACGCUCUGAGCGUGCUGCACAACCAGCCCAAUGCUGCUUUGCUCAUCGACGGCCAAUCGCUGGCCAUCUACCUCCAGCACCACCGCAUCGCCUUCAUCACCCUCGCCGUCCGCCUGCCUGCAGUCAUAGCCUGCCGUUGCUCUCCCACACAAAAAGCAGACGUUGCUCGCCUCAUCCGCGCCUUCACCAAGAAGCGUAUCGCCUGUAUCGGCGACGGAGGAAACGACGUAUCCAUGAUCCAAGCCGCAGACGUGGGCGUUGGCAUUGUCGGCAAAGAAGGGCGACAAGCCUCGCUCGCCGCCGACUUUAGCAUCACGCAAUUCGCCUUCCUCACCAAACUGCUCGUCUGGCACGGGCGCAACAGCUACAAGCGCAGCGCCAAGCUCGCGCAGUUCGUCAUCCACCGCGGCCUCAUCAUCAGCGUCUGCCAGACCGUCUUCUCCGUCGCAUCGCACUUCGAACCCAUCGCGCUCUACCGCGACUGGCUGCUCGUCGGCUACGCCACAAUCUACACCAUGAUGCCGGUGUUUAGCCUCGUGCUGGAUCAAGAUGUCGACGAGGGGCUCGCGAACCUGUACCCUGAGCUCUACAAAGAACUCACGACGGGCAGGAGUCUGAGCUACAAAACGUUUUUCGUCUGGGUGGGCAUCAGCGUCUACCAAGGCCUCAUCAUCCAAGGCGGCAGCGAGCUGCUGGAUCCCGGCUUCACAUCCACCAAUGGCGUCUCAGUCCCGAAUCUCACCUCCACAACCGGCUUCAAACGCAUGGUCUCCGUCUCCUACACCGUGCUCGUCAUCAACGAACUCGUCAUGGUCGCGGCGGAAAUCACCACCUGGCACCCGCUGAUGAUCUUCUCCAUCGUGCAGACGGCGCUCGUGUACUUUGGCAGCCUGCCCUUCCUCGGCGAGUACUUUGACCUUGGCUGGAUUGUGGGCGGCGUGGGGUUCUGGUGGCGCUUUGCGGCCAUUAGCGCGGCGAGUCUGGUGCCGGUGUAUGCGGGCAAGGUGAUUCGGAUGGCGGUGCAUCCGCCGAGUUAUCGGAAGGUGAGAGGGGUGUGAUGGUAGGUCCAAUGCAUAGGGAGGAGUUGGAGACUGGUGCAUAGGAUACCCUUUGUAGGCUUGUAGUGUUACGAACGGUGCGCACACUUUGAUGUAUUCCUCAUGAUCGGUCUAUCCUCUUU